AUGAUCAGUUUGGUCAAUUUUUUGUCCCAAUUAGGUUGUUAUGGUGUGAGAAGAGAACGAGGACAGGAGGCUGUCUACGAUAUCUUGCAACGUGCACGUCACCUAUAUAGGUCAAGUCUAAAGGCGAGUGCAAGUGCUGAAGCUGAUCAACUUGCUUCUUUAUUUGCUGACUGUGUAAUUGCUGAAGCUCAGCACAUAGGAACCCAACCACCAUCAUCCCCCCUACCAUUACGCUCAUCAUCACCAGCACCACCAAGUGUGUCUGUCUCUGAAUCUGAUUCUUAUGAAAAGUCAGGAAGAAAGCAAAUUGUGCUCGAAGCCUUCUCGGAUGGCUUUAGUUUCAUCUGUUUGCGGUGUGGUGAUCUUGUUCGCAUCCAUCUUAAAGGUGAACAUUAUACAUGGUGUCGGAUCUAA